AUGCCGCGAUCCACCUGGAAAAACCACUGGAUUGAACGGCACAGCACCCCUCGAAGAGAUAUAACGCGGCGUUGCUCAGAGCUGCCCAUCCGUGAGCAGAGGUGUCGCACUGCAGCUGGGCGAAGCAGUAGCUUCACCUCCCAUAUGGCAGUCGCUCCGGGGGAGUCUUUAGAUGAAGAUAAGAUGAUUGAGAUGGUGGUUGAUAAAUUCCCCAAGUUUCAUGAGUGUCCUACCAACUUACAGCUAGCCAAAUCAAUUAAUGAGCAAUCUGAACAUCAGCAACCACCAGAAAAUCAACAAUUAGAUCAAACUGUUUCUCAGCCAAUAUCAGCCAGCAAAGAGCCGCCUUUUACUUCGAGUCAUUCGAGUCCUUUGAAUCCUGUUAAUGAGAAACUAGGGAACACAAUUCCUAAUUUGCCACUGCAGGUUUAUUCAAGGAGGAAAGUUGAUCCUGGACCAAUGCUAGUUCAAUUUUCUGAUCCUAUAGCAGGUAAUGAGGAGAGACAGUCUGUCUACGGCAAUAAGGAUAAUGUUGAUGAGGAUCUUGUGGACAUUAUUAAGAAACUAGCAGAAGAUGAAGCGGCUCUUGAUGCUUUUGUUUCCAUUGUAACCGGCCCACCCGGGCCAAAUCCAGUGCAAUUAAUUCCGAAAAUCAACUUACUCGUCCUCGAGAUACGCGGAGAUCAAGAUACAUUUACACCGAUUGAUGGACCUGUUGCUCUGAGCAACGCCGCGCUAUAUCUCUUCGAGGGGUGCUGUGCCGUUCAAUCCAGUGGUUUUUCCAGGUGGAUCGCGGCAUUCAAUCAGGCUGAAAAACUGCACACAAGGACUCUGCCUUAUCCCUACACAUCGAAGGAAGUUUUUGAACAGAGUAUUCGGAUGCCAAUUGGACCUGAAUUUAAUCCUGUCACAGCAGUUGGAGCUCUUAAUCGUCCUCAGGUGGUAAAGAGAACUGGUGUGAGCAUCAAACCUAUCUAA